AGACCGCCGACAUAUAGUUGAAAUAUUGCCGAGUGAUGCGUUAAACAACAAACAAACUAACAAAGAAAGAUGUAGAUCGGACGACCACAAUGACUGCCGCCUGUGGCGGACAGGUCCAAAUUUUUCUCAACGAAAAAGGCUCAAUCUAUAUUAGCUUACCUUCUCAUCAUGGUCAACAGAUCACAUUGUUUUAAUCAUUAGAACUACAAGCAGGGCUAAAGCAACCACAACUGGAGAUUCUUUACAGAGAAGUCAAGACUGUUUGGUUAUUUCUUGGUUAACGUAUUUCUUUGUCAAAAUCCUGGUCGGUAUAGGCAAGAGUAGUACUGUGCCAAGACUGUGUAAUGUAUAUUUUUGUUCAAUUAUUUUUUACUAAACACCCAGGCAACUCUAGAUAAAAAAAUAUUACAAUUUUUUUUUUUUAAAUGCUUUCUUUGAGUAAGUGUUAGUCUCAGGCUAGAAAUACAUAACAAAAAGCGUUCUUUAAUAUAUUCACAUUGAAAAGACACGCACAUGAACAGUCUUGAAAAUAUGGUUCUUUUCCGGACACGGUCGGAUUGAUUGAUCCGGUAUUAGAAUAAAAGGUGCUAAUACCUGCACUUAUUACAUUGGAUCUAUAAACACAAUCGUGUCGUGUCGGUCUGGUAUAUUGAUUGUCCUCCUGACAAAGGAGGCGCUGUGCCGAUACAAAAGACUUCUUGGAAAUUGAUCAAGCAAAAGCGAAAGUAGAAUACUGAGAAGGUUUCGUUCAAUCGGUUGUAACCGAAGCAAACUGUUAAGGUAAGCGCUGAGCUCUUGGCGCUGACAAUCUACUUCAGAAAGUAUUUUACAUCUGAAGAAUCCAUCCCGGUCUAUUAUCGAGGAAACUAUGUUCGGUGGUGACAAACCAGAAUUAAUGUCAAGUCGUAAACGGAAGAGGAACAAUGAAUAUGACGAGGUUGAUCCAUCAAAACGACGCAGAGGCGAACCUUCGUUGCCAACAAGACAUCCCUACAAGCACAACUUUAACAAUGUUGACGGACAAUCAGACAAAUAUGAACUUUUCUUUGGCUGGCGAUCACCUUUCAGUCAACAUCACCAAGUCACGUUCACAGUUGACAAUAAAGUUUUCAACUGCGCCGAGCAGUAUUACAUGUACAGGAAGGCAGAGCUGUUUGAAGACAAAGCUAUUGAAGAGAAGAUAAUGAAUUCCAGUGAUCCCAAGGAACAGAAGCGUCUGGGCAAGCAGAUCCAGAACUUCAACUUUGACACGUGGAUGCAGCACAGCAUGGAGGUUGUGGAAACAGGCAACAUGGCAAAGUUUUCCCAAAAUCCCAACCUGAAGAAGAAGCUGUUUGCCACUUCACCUCGACUGAUGGUGGAGGCGAGUCCCUACGAUGCUACCUGGGGAAUUGCAUUACACAAAAAUGACCCCCGGGCUUGGGACGAGCGGACGUGGCAGGGUAAAAACUUGCUUGGCCAAAUCCUCACCAAGGUCAGAGACAACCUGAUGAGACAGGAAGGAGUUUUGGGUGACGAUGAAUUGGAAAGUAGGGAGAAGACAGGUUACAACACUGCUGCGAUUCAUAGUUCAGAUGGGUAUCACAGGAAUAAUUCUGAUGAUAUGGGCAAAAGAAGUGCGGAAUGGCAAGGUUUCAGUCACAGGGAGCGGAGUGAGAGUUAUGGUCAAAGGAUGAGCAGCAGUUGGUGUCCAGAUAGUCGCAAAGGGGAAAGUUACUUGCAAUCAAGACCACCCGACAAGCGCAACUUUCACAACAUUGACGUCUUCGCUGACAGACAGUCACAAAAAUAUGAACUUUUCUUUGGCUGGCGAUCACCUUUCAGUCAACAUCACCCAGUCGCGUUCACAGUUGACAAGAAAGUUUUCAACUGCGCCGAGCAGUACUACAUGUACAGGAAGGCAGAGCUGUUUGAAGACAAAGCUAUUGAAGAGAAGAUAAUGAAUACCAGUGAUCCCAAGGAACAGAAGCGUCUGGGCAAGCAGAUCCAGAACUUCAACUUUGACACGUGGAUGCAGUACAGCAUGGAGGUUGUGGAAACAGGCAACAUGGCAAAGUUUUCCCAAAAUCCCAACCUGAAGAAGAAGCUGUUUGCCACUUCACCUCGACUGAUGGUGGAGGCGAGUCCCUACGAUGCUACCUGGGGAAUUGCAUUACACAAGAAUGACCCCCGGGCUUGGGACGAGCGGACGUGGCAGGGUAAAAACUUGCUUGGCCAAAUCCUCACCAAGGUCAGAGACAACCUGAUGAGACAGGAAGGAGUUUUGGUUGACGGUGAAUGGGAAAGUAGGGAGAAGACAGGUUACAACACUGCUGCGAUUCAUAGUUCAGAUGGGUAUCACAGGAACAAUUCUGAUGAUAUAGACAGAAGAAGGGUGGAAUGGCACAGAUUCGGUCACAGGGGGCGGAGUGAGAGUUAUGGUCAAAGGACGAGCAGCAGAGGGUGUCCAGAUAGUAAUUGGGAGUUGCCACAGAGGACAUAUUACUACAGUAGUGGGCGAGAAUGGGCAGGGAGGGAUGGGAGACAGAAGUUGGAGAGACGUACAUUUGGAAACCCGUAUAAUUAUAGAUGGGAUAGCCAAAGAAACCCAGGCAUGUAUACACAUAAGACAGAUUCGCGAGAAAGUUACAGCUGGGGGGAUAGUGACACGGGUAGUUAUAGUUAUAGCAGAGAGGGGUUCGAGAGACAAGUAUAUUUCCAGAUACAAUAGAGAUAGUGAUGGGGUUUUUAGAAGCACUAUCACAUCCCCGAGUAACUCGUGUCAUUCCGGCAAAGCCAAAUGGAGACUCGUGCCCCUCUCGAAGGAUCCCAUAUUGGCGUUUGAACACGAGAACAACUUCAAACAAGAACGAUAACUCUUAUUCAAUCCGCGUCUAUGAAGGCGCGAGGUGAGGGCUCGUUAUUCCUGUUAUAAAAGUGUCUUUGUCUUUGCAAGUAUUAGUUUUUAUAAAUACGAUUUUAAAAUUAGACGAAAUAAAUGACAAUCGGAAAGUGAUUUUCGAAAUCACAGAUUGCAUUACUUAGAAUUAUUCAUUUUAGAAUCCCAAUAAUGAUUUUGUCUUUACCUUUCUUAAAUCCGCAAUUCGGAGUUCAGAGUUCCAGAUAAGCUUGCUAUAUUGAAUACCCAAAGAAAACUAUCAAUACCCAAUACGAAUGAUAACAUGUGAAUAAAUAAACACUAAUAAUAAUAAUUAUAAUAAUAGUUUAUUACUUUUCAGGAAUUUGAUAUACAUCUCAGAUCAUGACUAAAAUACUCAGCAAAAACAGCACGUGACAAUUAAACAUUUAUGGUACAUACGCUAUUACACUUGACAUAAACUAUGAUGAACAUUUAAAUGAAUUCAAUGCAUUAAAUACACAUUAUAGAUGAUAAGAUGUAAGAUAUGGGCAGUUAAAGACAACACAAUUAAGAGUUAUUUUGAAGGAAAUAAAUAAGAUAAACAUAUCCCUGAGUAUAAUACCAUAAUAUUUGUUUGAAAAGAAUUAAGAAUCUAUUUGGAAACAAAGAUGUAUGUAAGAGUGAUAUAAAGUAAAAGAUAACGAGUGAUCUGGUAUUUGGUAUUCAAUUAAAUAAAGUGUCAGGGUAUAAUACAAACUUAGUCCCUCACAGUUUAAUAAGCCAGAAUAAAUGUACACAUUAGGUAUUAUAGCAUUAAUGAUAGGUCACUCAUUUUGAACAGUUAACCCCCUUCUAUUUAUUACAUUAAGUUUCCAUUUAUUACUUCUCUCAGUUUUUACUUCUUAUAUUUUAUACGCGGUAGCUUCUUUUCAUUGUUAUAUGUUAGAGAAGGAUUUUCUUCUUUACAAAUUUCGAAAUAAUUCGUUUGAAUGUCAUGUCUUUGCGUAUAUAUGAUUUGUGGUAAACUAACUAUCAUAUAGUAGAGAAUGUUUAUUGAGAAAUCAUUUUGUAAACAACUAGAAGCAAAUAAAACAGUUUACUUGA